AUGGCGUCCCAAGAACAACCAGACCGCACCAUCUCUACCAACGUGAUGACCUCGCAGGACCUAUCCAUGCCUAGGAUGCUUUAUGGCUGCGCUUGGAAAAAGGAAAAGACCAAAAAACUGGUUUUGAAGGCUCUUCGAAAUGGAUUUCGUGGAUUCGAUACCGCGGCCCAACCCAAACACUACUUUGAAGCUGGAGCGGGGGAAGCAUUGGCAGAAUUUUUGGCAGAACAAAACGACCUUAAAAGAGAGGAUUUGUUUGUGCAAACCAAAGUGAAUCGAAAACACGCAGCGACGCUAGUUGAAGUUUCCUCGGGUGACGAAAAUAAUGAUUUUGGGGGUGAUGACAUUGGGGCUCAAGUAAAGGCAUCAGUGUCGGCUUCCCUGGUGAACCUGCAAACAACCUAUGUUGAUUCCUUGUUGCUUCAUUCUCCGUAUUCCAAAUUCAAGCAUACUCUGGAGGCUUGGAAAGCUAUGGAAGAAGCGGUGGAUCAGGGUUACGCUAAACAAAUAGGGAUCAGCAAUGUCAAGUCAUUGGAAGAACUCCAACGAUUACAUGCAUCCGCAAGAAUUAAACCUGCUGUAGUCCAACAACGGUUUCAUCGUAAAACAGGUUUUGAGCGAGAAAUGAGGCAAUGGUGCUUGCAAAACGGCGUUUACUUUCAAUCCUUUUGGACCUUGACCGCCAACAGCAAAGAGGGCAAACCUGGAAAGGAUGCGGUCCUUUCUCCAGAGGUACAGAAUAUGGCAAAGAAAUACCUGGUUUCGCCUCAAGUUCUAUUCUAUCGGUGGGCCAUGCAUGACCAGGUUGUUUGCCCACUCAAUGGUACCUCUUCCAAGGAUCACAUGAAGGAGGAUCUAAAGGUAUUCGAGAUCGCCUUGUCGGAGGAGGACUUUCAGGUGAUUUCUGCUGUAGUAUACAGAGAUCUAUGA